AUGAAUCGCAACCGUGGUCACGGUCGUGGCCGUCGUGGAGGAGGUGGUGGUUAUGGAGGCGGCUAUAGUGGUCAUGGCCAUGGUGGAGACGUUGAUGGUGCAAGCGGAUAUGGUGGUCAUGGCCGCGGUGGUGGCGGUCGACCACCUGGUCUAAGUGGCCGCGAAAUCGGCAUGUAUUAUCGCAAUUUAAGCAUGCGGAAAAAAGAUGAGGAACAACGUACCGGGGCCAUACGUCUUAAUCCCUCUGUGGACAUACCACCAGGUGUUCUAAGUCAAGUUCAUAAAUGUUUGGAAGCAUUUGAACAACAAAAUCAAGAUGAACAAGUUUGUCAUCAAUUCCAGGAACAUUUUCACAAUUUACUUCAUGUUAGCUUUGAAGAAUUCUUGGAAAAGGCUAAGGCAAAUUUUGAUUUAAAACCCGAAUCUAAUGUGGAACAUAGUCAGCGCCUUAAAUUGGAAUUGGAAAGUAAAAAUGACAAUGAAGAAUAUCUAAAGAAAUUAAAAAUGCGCCAAAAACUUCCGGCCAUGCAACAGUCGGAAAAUAUUUUAAAAUCGAUACGAGAAAAUCAAGUAGUUUUGGUUGUGGGCAGUACGGGUUGUGGUAAAACAACACAAAUACCUCAGCUGAUAUUGGACGAACUUAUUGCGGCAAAUAAAGGUAACACAUGUCGCAUUGUAUGCACCCAACCGAGAAGGAUAUCAGCGAUAUCGGUGGCCGAACGUGUGGCAUAUGAACGUCAUGAAUCGUUGGGAAGUUCGGUAGGCUAUCAAAUUCGUUUGGAAAGUCGCAUGCCACGUGAAAAUGGUUCCAUUUUAUACUGCACCACUGGUAUUUUGCUGCAGAAGAUGCAAACAGAUCCACUGAUGAGUGAUUUAACCACAAUUAUAUUGGAUGAAAUACAUGAACGUAGUGUUGAAACGGAUCUACUAAUGGGUCUUUUAAAAAUUAUUUUACCAUAUCGUCCAGAUCUGAAAGUGAUUUUAAUGAGUGCCACCGUAUCGGAGCAAACCUUUUGUGAAUAUUUUAAUAAUUGUCAUACGUUGUAUAUACAUGGUACCCUAUUCCCGGUAGAUGUUCUAUAUUUAGAAGAUAUAUUACAAGAAACAGGUUAUACAAAUUUUCAAAAUGACUGCUUGGCAUCGGGCAAACCCCAGAGGGGCCAUAACCCGAGGCGAAAACAUGAAAAACAAGUAUCGGAAAAGAAUUUUCAAUACACCCAUAUGAUUGAUUCGUAUGUCUCGACAAUGAAGGAUAAAUACGAUAGACAAGUUAUUGACACAUUACGACGUUAUUCAGAUUCUGAAGGAUGUGCUAAUUUAAAUUUUCUAGAAUAUUUAAUAUUUUAUAUAUGUGAAAAUAAGCCGCCAGGGGCUAUAUUAGUUUUCCUACCAGGUUAUGAACGCAUUUCGAAAUUAAAUGAUCAACUGCAGAGGCCAUCGAAUCCACGGCAUCAACGUUUGGCUGAGACGAUACAAAUAUAUCCCUUGCAUUCGAUGAUGCCAACGGUCAAUCAAAGAAAUGUUUUUGAACCCCCGGCACCGGGUAUACGUAAGGUAAUUUUAUCCACAAUUUUGGCUGAAACAUCCGUGACCAUUGAAGAUGUGGUCUAUGUUAUAAAUACAGGACGUACCAAAGUCAAUGAUUAUGAUAUCGAACAAAAUAUCCAAACACUGCAAGAAGAUUGGGUUAGUUUGGCUAAUUCGAAACAACGUAAGGGUCGUGCUGGUCGUGUUCAACCGGGCGUGUGUUAUAAUUUAUAUACAAGAGUACGCGAGAAAUCGAUGAGUGAGAUUCCAUUGCCGGAGAUUUUGCGAACCAAAUUGGAAUCGAUAAUAUUGCAUUUGAAGCUACUGCACAUUAAGGAACCGUACGAUUUUCUAAAGACAUUGAUAAAUGUUCCCGACAUUCGGGCAAUUAACCAUGGCUUAAGACUUUUGAAAUGUAUAGAUGCCCUAGACAAUGAAUCGAAUUUAACACCCUUGGGUUUACAUUUAGCCCGUUUACCUAUUGAUCCACAAAUGGGUAAAAUGAUUUUAAUGGCUGCCUUAUUUCGUUGUUUGGAUCCCAUUACAUCUGCCGCUGCUGGAAUAUCUUUCAAAAGUCCCUUUUAUACACCAUUGGGUUUGGAGAAAAAGGUGGAUAAUAUAAAACGGGAAUUGGCUGAAAAUUCCAAAAGUGAUCACCUAUUGAUUCACAAUGUCAUCAAAGGCUAUCGUAUUGCCUCACAGCAAGGACGAGAUUCGAAUUAUUGCUAUAAUAACUUUUUAAGUAAAUCGACCGUGACACAAAUUGAAAAUAUGAAGAAACAAUUUGCUGAACUUUUAAGAAAUUCAAGCUUUUUGGAAUCGGCCGACUGUUGUGCCCGAAUUUCCAAUACUAAUUCGGAAAAUAUUCCCUUGCUUCGAGCAAUUAUUGCAUCAGGUCUAUAUCCAAAUUUGGCAUUUUUAAGAAAGGUGAAACGUGUUGGUCGCCAUGUCCAUGCCAUACACAGUAUGUCAACACCCGUGGAUCGUAAAGUCAAUUUUCAUCCGUCAUCGGUAAACAGUGGUGAAGGAUCUUUUGAUGCGAAUUACUUUGUUUAUUUCCAAAAACAACGGACGUCAAAAGUAUAUCUGUUAGAUGCCACAAUGGUGUUUCCCAUGGCUUUGCUGAUAUUUGGUGAUGGUGUUAAACAGGGUGAAUUGUCACCACGUGAACCUUAUAUAAGUGUGGCAGAUAUUUAUUUUUUCAAAUGCGAUCGCGAAUCUUCUCAUGUGAUAUUAAAGUUGCGACAACUCCUUGGUGUUUUGUUAAGGAAAAAGGCUAUGCAUCCCUCGCCCAUAGAACCGAAUAGCAGUGACGAACAGUUGAUAAAAGCCAUACACUUGCUACUUUCUUUGGAUGAUAUGGUUGAAUAUGUAGAUCAAUAUCCAACAGAUGAAGAGGACGAUUAUGAUAACGAAGAUUACUAAA